AUGGAGCAGCCCAGGAAGGCGGUGGUGGUGACGGGAUUCGGCCCUUUUGGGGAACACACUGUGAAUGCCAGUUGGAUUGCGGUCCAGGAGCUGGAGAAGCUAGGGCUUGGGGACAGCGUGGAUCUACAUGUGUAUGAGAUUCCGGUGGAGUAUCAGACAGUCCAGAGGCUCAUCCCUGCCUUGUGGGAGAAGCACAGUCCCCAGCUGGUGGUGCACGUAGGCGUGUCAGGCACGGCGACCGCAGUCACGCUGGAGAAGUGUGGGCACAACAAGGGUUACGAGGGCCUGGACAACUGCCGAUUCUGCCCCGGCUCCCACUGCUGUGUGGAGGACGGGCCCGAAAGCAUUGACUCCAUCAUCGACAUGGAUGCUGUGUGCGAGAGGGUCACUGCACUGGGCUCAGAUGUGUCAGUGACCAUUUCACAAGAUGCAGGCAGGUACCUCUGCGACUUCACCUACUAUACCUCGCUGUACCAGAGUCACGGCCGCUCGGCCUUUGUUCAUGUGCCCCCUCUGGGCAAGCCGUACAAUGCAGACCAGCUGGGCCGGGCGCUUCGGGCCAUCAUUGAGGAGAUGCUGGACCUCCUAGAGCAGUCAGAAGGCAAAAUCAACUGUUGCCAUGAACACUGA